UCUGUCCCGCAAGCGCCUCCUCCUCGCCUAGCUCGCUGGUGGCCUCAGGUGGCAGCGUCUUGCCCUGGGGCGGCGCCUGGACACUGGUGCUCUAGGCUGGGGCCGCCUGAGGUCGGCUAACCCAGGGUGAGGAGCGGAGCGUGCACCGCAGCAAGAGAGCGCCCUUGGAGCGCGGUGCCUGGAGCGGUCGCAGGGUCCCGAGGGGCUACGGGGCACCCCGACCCUGGGGAUCUGGGCGGCGCCAAUAGAGCGCCCACCUGCAGAGACCUCGCGAUCGCUCCCGCCGGCUUCCCCGGAGCACACGGACCCCCCGGUGCCACCUGGGCAUUCGUGUCCUUCAUCAUCGAUCGCAGUCAAGCUGGGGAACCGCUGACACCCGCUGCCGCCCCGAGGCUCGCCCUCGCGGCGGCUCCCCACGGGCAUGUUUCAGGGGGGUAGGACCAGCAUCCCCAAGCCCGCGCCCCGCAACCUGGAGGACCUGGACUCAGUGCAGCGCGUCUUGCUACACAGUGAUCUGGAGCCCGAGUGGCUGGACAGUGUGCAGAGGAAUGGAGAGCUGUUCUACCUGGAACUGAGUGAGGAUGAGGAGGAAAGCCUCCUUCCGGAGACACAGACCGUGAACCAUGUCAGGUUCAGUGAGAAGGAGGUCAUCAUUGAAGAGGAUGACUCUAGAGAAAGAAAGAAGUAUGAACCCAAGCUCAAGCGCUUCACCAAGAUCCUGAAAAGCAAAAGACUUUUGCCUAAGCGCUACCACAAAAAGAGCAGCAGUGACAAUGGGCCGGUGUCCAUUCUGAAGCAUCAGUCCAACCAGAAGACCGGAGUCACCGUGCAGCAGCGGUACAAGGAUGUGACCGUCUAUAUCAACCCCAAAAAGCUGACGGCCAUCAAAGCCAGGGAGCAGCCCAAACUCCUGGAAGUGCUGGUGGGAAUCGUCCACCAGACCAAGUGGAGUUGGAAAAGGAGCGGGAAGCAGGCCGACGGGGAGAGGCUCGUGGUGCACGGCCUGCUGCCAGGAGGCUCUGCCAUGAAGAGCGGUCAGGUCCUGGUUGGCGAUGUCCUUGUUGCUGUGAAUGAUGUAGAUGUGACUUCUGAAAACAUAGAGAGAGUUCUGUCUUGCAUCCCUGGACCAAUGCAGGUGAAGCUGACAUUUGAAAAUGCAUAUGCUGUGAAAAAGGAAACAACCCAACCAAAAAAGAAAAAGACCCAGUCAAGCACGAAUGAUUUGGUGAAACUUCUCUGUGGGUCAGAGGCUGAAGGCAUCCAGCACAGUAUCCUGGGCACCCCACACAUCAUCAUGUACCUCACCCUGCAGCUCCAGUCAGAGGUGUCCAAGGAGGAGCAGGAAAUUCUGUACCACUACCCAGUAUCCGAAGCCUCUCAGAAACUCAAGAGUGUGAGGGGGAUUUUUCUCACACUCUGUGACAUGCUGGAAAGCAUAACUGGGACGCAAGUUACUAGCUCAUCCCUCCAUUUAAAUGGGAAACAAAUUCAUGUUGCCUUCUUGAAAGAAUCUGACAAGUUGUUGUUAAUUGGCCUGCCUGCUGAAGAAAUUCCUCUUCCCCAGCUGAGGAACAUGAUAGAAGAUGCCGCCCAAACCCUGAAGUUCAUGUAUGGUUCUUUAGACAGUGCCUUUUGCCAGGUUGAGAACACCCCUCGUUUGGAUCAUUUCUUCAGCUUGUUCUUUGAGCGAGCUCUUCAGCCUGACAAGCUGCAUCUCAGCGCCAACCCUAGUGCUCAGCAGUACGAUGCAGCCAGCGCCGUGCUUUUAGACAGCCUCCCUGCAGUCCGUUGGCUCGCACUUCCACAGGAACUCAAGGUGGAGUUGGACACAGUGCUGAGUGACCUAGAGGCCGCAGACUUCGAAGAACUGUCCGAGGAUUACUAUGACAUGAGGCGGCUGUACACAAUUUUGGGGUCUUCUCUGUUUUACAAGGGUUAUUUGGUGUGCAGCCAUCUACCGAAGGAUGAUGUUGUUGAGAUUGCCGCGUACUGCCGCCACUACUGCCUGCUGCCCUUAGCAGCAAAGCAAAGGAUUGGCCAGCUGAUAAUAUGGAGAGAAGUCUUCCCACGGCACCACCUCCAGCCUCCUGCAGAUGCAGACACCGAGGUCUUCCAGGAACCCAAAGGGAGAUAUUUUUUACUAAUUGUUGGACUGCGACAUUAUAUGUUGUGUGUGCUGUUAGAAGCUGGAGGCUGUACAUCUAAAGCUACUGGGAAUCCUGGUCCAGAUUGUAUCUAUGUAGAUCAGGCCAGAACAACUCUUCAUCAGCUGGAAGGAGUAGACUCCCGCAUCGAGAAGCAGCUAGCCUCAUCUCUGGGGCCCUGCCUGUCUUGUGCUGACUGGUUCCUUGCUGCACCACGUGAAAAGGCAGAUAGUUUGACCACUUCACCCAUCCUCAGUAGACUGCAGGUUUCCACCAAGACAGCGACCUCUCCAACAUGCAGAAGAACCUUUUUCAGUGACUAUUCCUUCAAGGCGCGGAAACCCAGCCCCUCUCGGAGCAGUGGAGGAUGUGAGCCUGGUGAAGGUGGAGAAAGUGUUGGUCCUAGCCCACACACUACCCCAGAUGCAGUACGGAAGCAAAGAGAAUCCGAUGGUUCAGAUGACAGCGUGGCCUUGCUUAAGCUCGCUAGAAAGAAAUCGACUCUUCCAAAUCCGUUUCAUUUGGGAAAUUUGAAAAAAGAACUUUCAGAAAAAGAAUUGGAAGUCUAUAACACAAUGAAGUUGACCUCUGGUCCUGAUAAUACACUCUUCCACUAUGUUGCCUUGGAAACAGUGCAGGGCAUCUUCAUCACCCCCACCCAUGAAGAGGUGGCUCAGCUAGGCGGUUCCGUCCACACUCAGCUAAUUAAGAAUUUCCAUCAGUGUUGUCUCUCUAUCCGUGCACUCUUCCAACAGACACUGAAGGAAGAGAAAAAGAAGGCACUCUGUGGUGCAGAGCUUUCGGAGUCUGCAGAUUCAGUGGCUUCUCUGACCCCUGUGAAAGAGCAUGGCGUACUGUUUGAAUGUUCACCUGAAAACUGGACUGACCAGAAAAAAGCACCGCCAGUUAUGGCCUACUGGGUGGUGGGGAGGCUCUUCCUUCACCCAAAACCUCAGGAACUGUAUGUCUGUUUUCAUGACUCAGUCACAGAAAUCGCCAUUGAAAUGGCAUUUAAAUUGUUCUUUGGAUUAACAUUGUAGCUGUGUUUGUAGGAUGCACAAAUGGAUGAACCAUGGGACAGUGUCAGAAUGACCGAAAUCAACAUAGAGAGAUCAGGCUCAGCUUAGUCAUUUUUCAGUAUUGAACUUCUCUUGUUAAAUAUUGAGAUGCAGUGCUGUUAGGUUGCUACAUCCAGUCAUGUGUAGUAUUAUAUGAGACAUCUGUGCAGAUACUUGAUCAAAAUACGGAGACAAGAUUGCUAAUUUAUUGCCAUUUUGGUACACCAUGCUAAUUUAUUGAAUAGUUUUAAAUAAUGUAAACUCUUUAAUAAAAAAUUAAUAGAUGUUUAUUUGGGGAUCAUAUUCAACUCAUUGUUUGUCUUUCUUCGAACCCAAUGCUGACUUAUUCCUGGUGAAGGGAUCAUAAAACUGAAGAGAUGACAGGUUGUAUAGUCCAUCAGUUCUGUGCUGAGGGGCCUCACCUGUCAGGCCUCCCAGCAUCUGUAUUCUGAUAACAUUGUUAUUGCAUUGGGGUUUUUGAACGUCACAGUUAAGAAAAAUGCAUUGUUUUUGUUUUGCGUAUUAGUCAGUAUCUAAAUUUGCAACAGCUGUGUUCUGGUUUCUUAGCAAAUCAAAAGCCUUUGCAUUAAUUUAAGUAUUUUAGUAGAUGCCUCACUGGAGAGGAAGAGGGGAAGGAUGAAAGUCAAAGUUAAUUUAUAUUUAUUUGAUUCUCUUUACUCUUUGUGAUAAACUUUAUUUUGGAUUAGGAUACAUAUUUUUAAUCAUCCAUAAGUUUCCAUUGCUUUUUUUCUUCUUGUUGAAGGACAUUCUGGUACACAUACUUUUUUAUAUCACCAAGUCAUAUUAAAAACACUGGAAGAGGGCCAGAGAGAUGGCUCAGAGGUAAUGAGCAAGUACCUCACUGGAAGAGACCUUAGUUCUGCUCUCAGCACCCACAUCAGACAACUCAAAGCCAUGUGUAACUCCAGGGAAUCCUUUGUCCUCCACAGGCAGGCACA